GGCGCCGUUGACGGUUGAGACGGCAUUUAAAUUCAUAACAAACUGGUGCACGUGCGGAAACUUUACAGAAUAUAUAAUUGUUUUUUAAGAUUUUGUGGAAGUUUAUAAACAAAAUAUAAAAUGUGUAUGGUGCGAGAUUAAGCUUUUAGUGCUAAUCAAAAUGGAGGAAAUAUUAGCUCUAAAAAAGAAAAAUUCAUCCAACAGUCCUACAAAAAUAAAAGAAAUAUUGCAGCAGAUAUCAAAUACUCGUUUGGACAGUGAUAAAAUUUCUUACAAGUUGGAAGAAAAUGAAACUAGAAUCAAUGAGUUGUCAAAAGAAGUAUUUACUUUACGAGAACAAUUUGAAUCAGAGACACAAAUUCUAGAAAGUAAAAUUAAUGAAUCAGUAGAACAGAAAUCGUUAUUGGAAAACUUGAAUGAAGAAAAAGAAAACGCAUCUUUAUCUUUAAAAGAAUUGGAAACUCAGCAUAAAACAAUGAAGAGAACAAAGCCUAGUUUAAGUGAUCAGCAACUUCUAGAAACUGGAAAGCGAAAACAUAAAUUAUACAAAGAGUUUACAGGAAUCAGAUGGGAUUACUCUGCUCCAGAAAAUGUUAUUGAAGGAUUUAUUACAAAUAAGAAAGAUUUUAUAGAGAAAAUUUCCUACAAAUGUGAUACGGGUUAUAAAACUAUAAGGGAGCUGCUAUGGAGAGAUAUACGAUGCUCUACAAUGGAAAGCAAGGCAAGAGAGGAAUGUUGUAAGGAGAAUAAACCAGUAAAUAAAUAAGUACAUAGUUGUUUUAUGUAAUGGACUGCAAAACAAAUAUUUAAAAAAAUAUUUUUCAUGACAAUAACUUAUUUUCACAAAUUUAAGAAUUAAGAAAUGACUUUAAAAUAUUCAUUUACUAAACCCUACUUUAUAUAUAUAUACAUUAUAUUUUACAGUGCACAAU